AACAGAAGGGACUGAAUUGCAAAUAAAAAUAAACAUAAAUACAAAUCUUGAAUCAGGCAUUUUAUAUUGUAAUAUUGUGCAGAUAAUGGGACAAUGUCACUCUUUGGAUAGAGAUCUUCUGAGGAGCAGAAUAAAUGUUUUAAGUAGAACAGCAAUGUCCAGAGUGAGUGGGGUGGCAUUAAUUAUCCCCCAGUACCCGGUUCGUGUAUCAUAUAAUGGAUCAAUCCUUGGGACUGCUAAAUGCCCAGUUGCCUCCACUCAUCUUCGAAAAUCAGGCGUGAGUUUAAAACAUAUUUGGAAAAAAGAACCGCUUAUCAGAAUGCAACGCUAACCGUGACCAUGUGAAUAUAAACGCUCAUGUGUCACUGAAUGGCUUGCUAAGAGUAAAUAACAGUCACGAGUGGUCAGAUCCUAUUUCCACGUUACUUAACGGUGUCCGUACAGAGAAGCGUUGUUUUUUGUUUUUACUACUUCUUCGUUGUCUCAUUGAGAUGCGCCAAAACAGAACGGGCUCAGUGCUGCCCCCAAAGGCCGAACAGCAGAAGACACCCGCUGCUAGCAAGCAGUUAGCGAUGCGGCUGCUGACGGGACAGCCGCAUUAAAGAGCGUAUUUUGCAUUUAUUGAGCAAAUAAUAAAAAAGAUGAGAUUAAUGUUAAAUUGUAAUUAAAAUAUAAACAAGGGUAAGCGGGAAGACAAUUGAUUGUUCAUUUUAUCAAAAACAACGUUUGGUUUAAUAGCUUACCGAUUCGUACUAGUGUAAUAUUAAUGCUACAUUUUUUGCCUGUACUCAUAGCAGUCGUCUCUCUAUCUGCCCGAGUAAUAUAUUUGAUUGCGAGACAUAUUUCCUGAUUAUUAUGAUUAUUAUUAACUAACGUUAACCUUUAAACGGGGCAUCACUACUCACUUUUAACUUGCACGAGCAAUGAUUGACCGCCUUAUGUCACGUGACCAGAAAAUAGGCCACAAAAACAGGGCAUUGAAGAGAAAACAAAAUGUACACCUGCAUUGGAAAUGGUCUCUUCCACUAUUCUGCAAGCCUCCCCUGAAUGAGUCAUCCAGGCGGCUCCUCAUUGGAUAAGACCAUGCCAUCCCUAGGGAUUGCCUUGCAGAGGCAGAAAGGCCUUGCUUCCAUUCACAGAAACAUUGGUAUGCCAGCCUGCUAUUUCAUUCACAUAAAAGGCUAAAUAUUGCAUGCUUUUUUGUCCUUCGCUCUUUUUCUCCUUUGCCUUUUUCCCUCCUCUUUUGAUUUGCGAGGGCUUGUCUUCUCUUCCCUGCUUUUGUUUUUGCCUUUGUUUCUGAGGAGAGGAGGCAGACGUGCUGUCUUUUUUUUCUAUAUUUGCCAGGCAGGAAAGAGAGAUGUUGGGAGGGACUGCAGUGCGAAAUCCGCAGCAGAAUGAGAGCGGAAGCUGCUUAUGAAUGAGUGUCACUCUUUCGGCUUUGGUAGAUGCUCCUGAGGACAUUUUACAUGAAUGGUGCCUGGCUGUGUGCUUUCUGCUACCAGGGAGACAAAGAUGCUUCAUUGCUGCUGGUUUAAGGAGACUCUUGGGCUUUUUCUUUCACCCUUUCGGUUGUGUCAUUGAUUCACCUGCCUGAGAAUCAUGUCGUUCGUACAGUUUGUUUUUAAUCUCGGAAAAUUUCAGUAUCUUUUUGCAGAAUGUGGAUGAUUUAGCAUCACAUUCGACACAUUGUGACAAAAUAGUGUUAUUUUAAAAAGUCAUUAACUUCUGCGUCAGUAGCUGAUUAUAAAUAUUUUGGCUCAAAGAAAACAAGUGUAGUGUGUAACUGUAGGAUUUGACCAACCUCAGAUUUAGAAUUUGCAGCUAUUUUAAAUUAACAUGGAUAUUAAUGAAACAUAUUUCCAGUUAUUUUAAAGUUGUACUUUAGCGUGAUUUAUGGAUUCUUGUCGUACACUGUCUGAGGAUAAUGACACAUUUAUUAGUUUUAUUUUUAAUCAGAGAAAUGUGCUUUGUAGCAGGUACUAUGAAUGUAUCUUUCAGUUAAAUGGAUGCUAGUUUUUGCCUAUAUUUAAUUUAUUAAAAUGUCUAUGCUUAGAUCUACCGUCCUUGUAUUAUGAAUUUUAUUGACUUGUAAAUUUAAGACAUAACAGGUGAGAACACAAAUUUGAACAGAUUAUUAUAUAUAUAUUUUUUUGUAGUUAAGUAGGUAAUCUCUCUUUCUUCAUUUCCGUUUCUCGGAAAAACAAAUGAGAGAAAAAGACGACUAACAGACCAAAUUUCAGACUGGGGAAUUUAAAAAUUGAUUGGUCCUAGUGUGCUGUAAGUGGGAGGUUUUUUUCUCCCUGCAACAGGAAGUGAUUUGCAGUGUUCAGCAAGCCUUUUGUUGAGAAGGUUUUCUCAGAUCAGUGAGUCAUGCUUUAGCUCUGAGCUGGCAGGCAGGCAGGCAGGCAGGCAGCAGUCAGUAGAGAGUAUUUGCUUUUCCCUCGCAGUGUCCGUGAUCAUCGGCAACGUAGACCUCUCUCUCUGUUCUUGUACUUUUUGGGAUUUUCUGAGGCAGAAAUCGGCGGCAUCACCACUGGACACCAAACCAGCCAGACCACAACACUGGCAGCCUUUUUUUUCUUCCUUCCAUCCUCUGCGCCCCGUGCUUCAGUUGUGGGUGUCCAUGGAUUGUAUCUGUGUGUUGCUCUCUGAAGGACUGGAUUGUGGCUCUGGAUUUGACUGAGCGACGGCAACGGCGGCGGCGGCGGCUCCACACCAACAGCACCGCUGUAACCUCAAUACAGAAAAUUACAGUCAGGUGGCCUGUGAUUUCUGAACGACAUUCGCUGCCUCUGCUGCUGCUGCUAUGUUACAAAAGAGGGUAAUCAGUACAGCUCAGCCACGUCUGCCAGCACACUUGUGAAGGAGGCAGGCUGUGCGCGUCAGUUGGUGGAGGGAGGCAAGAGAGAGAAGGGUAUGCUUCACCGUACCAAAUACAACCGCUUCAGGAAUGAGUCAGUGACAUCCGUCGAUGAGCUUCUCCACGGCCUGUCCAUGAACCCCAAGGUCUCGGCCUCCCCGCAUUCUGCAGCCGAGACGUCAUACGCGGCCCCGACUGAGGUCCAGUCCUCCUCGACCACCGGUUCCAGCACCCCAACCAGCCACGGCUCCGAGCACCUCGAAGAUGGAGGCACCACCCUCUGCACCCUCAUCAACAAGGUGUCCGGCCUGAAAUUCAGCAACUCGGGCAGCUUGCUGGGCAUCAAGGGUCUGCCCUCGGCCGUCAAGGACCUGGCUGUGUCAAAGCUGCAGGGGGGCGGGGGCUCGGGCUCGGGCAGCGCCGGCAGCCCCAGCCCCGGCGCGGCGGCGGCGGCAGCGGCCGCCUCCGGCGUGGGCGGCUCUCUGUGCAGCCUGGCCUCUCACUCGGCGCCCUGCUCGCAGCUGGAGCCGGCCGGCAACAUGAGCAAGAAGAGCCGCCUGGACGAGCCGCAGCCCGGCGGAGACGCCUGGAAUCCAGGCGGCAGCGGCGGACUGGUGAACAAACCCCCCAGAGGAUGGCUGCACUCCAAUGAGAAGAUCUCUGGCCCGGGAGUCACAUACAUCGUGAAGUAUCUGGGUUGUAUAGAAGUCCUUCGCUCCAUGAGAUCCCUGGAUUUCACCACAAGGUCACAAAUAACGAGAGAAGCCAUCAGCCUGGUGUGUGAGGCUGUUCCAGGGACCAAGGGAGCUCUGCGAAAGAGAAAGUCGAAAGACGUGUUACAUCUGCGUGUGUGCCCGCCUCAGCCACCGUCCAAAGCGCUGUCCAGUAUCCUCGGCAAGAGCAACCUGCAGUUCGCUGGCAUGUCCAUCAACCUGAAUAUCUCCACGAGCAGCCUCAACCUGAUGACGCCCGACUGCAAGCAGAUCAUAGCCAACCAUCAUAUGCAGUCCAUCUCCUUCGCAUCAGGUGGAGACCCGGAUACGACCGAUUAUGUUGCCUACGUAGCAAAGGACCCUGUGAACAGAAGAGCAUGUCACAUCCUGGAGUGCUCCGAUGGUCUGGCCCAGGACGUCAUCAGUACCAUAGGCCAGGCCUUCGACCUCCGCUUCCAGCAGUACCUGCAGUGUCCCUCCACUAAGAUGCCAUCUACACAUGACAGGGUGUUAAACAUGGAGGAGCUGCCGUGGACAGAGGAGGAGGAGGAGUCAGCAGAGCAUCCCUACUAUAACAACAUCCCUGGCAAGAUGCCGCCUCCCGGAGGCUUCAUCGACACGCGGCUGACCAAUCAGAAUGCAGCACCUGAUGGAUGCCAGGUCGGGUCGGGCUCAGUAGAUCAGACGUAUUACCAAGGACGCCACUGUGGAGACAACUGGGGGGAUGAAAGAAAGGCCAUAUUCAUACAACAGGGGUCGUUUGAUAUCAGCACUCUGCCUGAGAUGAAAGGUCAGGCGUCAAAAACCGCGGAGCUGCCCACGUACGUGAACACGCAGCAGAUUGACGCCCAGGUGCUGGCGGCGCUUCAGGCAGAGGCAGAUCAUGUGACUAAAGACAUGGCGGCUGCAGCCAAAGACAGUCCACCGAAGGACCUGUUUGACAUGAAGCCCUUUGAGGACGCCAUCCAUUCCCAGUCCCAUCCGCUGGCCAAAGGACAAGCCCACGUGUCGAGUCUCCACAAGGCGGCGUCUGUGGACAGCUCCAGCCCCCUCCUCGUGCGCUCGCUGGCCCUCCGGGCCCAGGAGGAGCUGGAGGGCCAGGCGUGGUACCACGGCAAAAUGAGCCGGCGCGACGCUGAGAAGCUGCUGAAGGACGACGGGAACUUCUUGGUGCGCAAGAGCACCACCAACCCAGGGUCCUACGUUCUGACGGGCAUGCACAACGGGCUUGCCAAACACUUACUGCUGGUGGAUCCCGAGGGCACGGUACGGACGAAGGACCAUAUAUUUGACAGCAUCAGCCACCUCAUUGGCCAUUACCGUGACAACAAUCUGCCAAUUGUGUCCGCCGGGAGUGAACUGUGUCUCCUGCAGCCAGUUGGGAGAAAACAGUGAUGACCGCAAUGGCUGAUGGGAAAUCCCCAAGCUCUGAACAGUCUCUCUUAGCAUCCUGGAACUUGAAGAAGAAACACGAAGAGAAGAUGUUUAAAGGCUCAAUGCACUGGAGACACUGGAAGGCGCAAGAUUUGUUUAAGCUAAAAAAAUGAUUUAUAGAACUUUUAUUUUGUUGUGAUGACUGAAAUGAUAUAUUUUUGCGAAGACAUAGGUGCAUUUGGACAUACCAUCUUGAUUUGGUGUAUUAAAAGAUAAAGACAAUUGUUCUUGUAGUUUAGAUGAAGUGCAGAUCAAACCUCAGAGGGGUUAACAAGAGUAUUUUAGAAUAAAAACCGAAAAGAUUUUAGUUUUGUCUGUCAAGCACAACCCAUUUCUACAGGAACUGUCGAGGUCGAGGAAGGAGAACAGUUUGCGAGAACAAACGCUGUUCCUCGUGAGUUCAAGGGGAAAAUGUCUCGGUUUGUCAGUUUAAGAAAUCUGCUUUUAUUGGGGAUCGGGACCGGAUGCGUUUUGCUUUGCAGUGUGUCGGGAUGCAGACAUCCUCCAUCGUGCUGUCAGUGGCUUUAAAGGUGAUCUUUUGGUUGAGUCCCUGCAGUUGCCUGACUCAAACUGGCCAUUGCUCGUAGACCUUGACACCACUUUCUUUAAACGAGGUGCUUGUGUAUGCUGACACUGUAAGAUAUUUAUGCUUUUCAACCGGCGAUUCUGAAUUGGUUCCCUCCUUUUAGGUGUGUAGUCAGCCAUUAGUUUCGGGGCUUGAGUCGCGCAAUGGAUAUUCUCACGUUCGUAACGGAUUUAUCUCCUUCAUUUGUGAACUUUGACGAGUUAUUAUUUGAGCGACCAUGAAUGAAGAGCACAACCAGGAAGUAUCAGUGGUACGAUGACAACUAACCAGUGUGGUCACAUGUAACACGUUCACCUUAAAGACCAAGCUCACGCUUGGUGUAAGACCACCUUCACCCACUGCUGUUAUUUCUUAGUGCGUGGACAUCUAAUAGGAAGAUCCAUUAGAUGUCGUCACAUGACCUGUUUACCUGUCAGUCACACACUUAAAUUCCCCUCUGAUCUCUUAUCAGUAGCAGGACACUGCAGUACUUGCUUGUGUACUGCUUUAAAUACAACACAACAGGGAUAAUGUGACCCAACAAACCAUUUUUGCUUGACAGGUCACAGCUAAUUCGCAUUUUGCAUCGUGGCUGUUCCUCAGAACAGCUCACUGUAUUUAGGUUUGACCGGCUGCUCGGAACAGCCAAUCCGCUGACGGACUCUUUCAAAUGCUCUCAUCCUCACUAUUGUCAGAACUCUGAUGGAUACCAAAUGAAUGGGGCAUUGUAUUCGAUAUGCACUGGACCACUUCAGUUGAACCAAAAUCAGCAUGUGUUCAAUGAGUUUGACAAGACAGAUGCAAUGUAAUAUAUCGUGCCUGUAUUUUGCUGCAAGAGGGAGUGUACAGUACACACAUCACAACACUGCGUAGUGCUGGGAUCAUUAUAAAGAUAUCCUUACCAUCAUGGUUGAACCAGUAAAGGGUUUCCUUUUAUUCCUUGUGUCCCACAUGGUUCCUUUAGAAGAGAGUUUCUGGGAGAGAGGUCAGAAGAAAGGUUGCAGGAAUCGUUCUUGCCUGAUGUUCCCCACGAGCUUUUACUUUUUCUGGUUAUUUGACAUAAUUUCAUCAAAUCUGAUAUCUUGGGAGAAGAAUUAAAUUUCUAUGAAGCGCUAUGCGUAAUGUGGCGAAUUUUGAGAUCGGUGUUUGUCUCAAAAAACAACAAAAAAAGCUCAUUUGUACGAUUGUCUUGGCAAAGCGUGUCCAACAGAGCGUAGACUGAGCGUAGAUCGUCAGAAAGGCUGUAUAUACAGUGUGUAUAUAUAUAUAUUUAUGUAUAGUAUAUACAGUCUACGCUCUGUAGACUGUAUAUACUGUCUACACUGUAUAUACAGCCUUUCUGACGAUUACCAGUAAAGUAACGCCAACGAGCAUGCUGGGAACUCAAACGAGAACACGGCUUCUUUCCCAAUUUCUGUUGAUGAAAAUGUGCCUUUUAUUUGUCGUUUUUAUUUCUCGUUCUCUCUCUCUCUCUCUCUCUCUUCAAAGUGCAAUAGCGGAUCUUCAGUUGGGUGUGCCUGUACACUAGAGGUCGUGUUUCGCCCUGCUGUGCGUAGCUGCUUGAGACCAUGCUCUCUCUCUCUCUCUCUCUCUCUCUCUCUCUCUCUCUCUCUCUCUCUCUCUCUCUCUCUCUCUCUCUCUUUCUCUCUCUUUCUCUCUCUCGCCCUCCCUCUCUAAUAUAUAUAUUAAAUGUAUCAUUUCCAGAUUCUGAGUAUAAAUCUUUGAGAGGGAAUCGCACAGAAUCUCACUAUUUUGGAACAGUUAUAGGGGAAAAAAGGAAAUAAAAACACAAGUCCAAACGAUGUUUACAGAUUUGAUCUUUCGGUUGUUUGGGUUUAUCACUAUUCUGUAUGACUGUUGGCAAUAAAAACGUGAAUGUGC